CCCACGGCCCGGCGCCCCCCACGCCCCGUUCCCCAUGGAGUUCAAGCUGGAGGCGCACCGCAUCGUCAGCAUCUCGCUGGGCAAGAUCUACAGCGCGCGGGGCCAGCGCGGCGGCCUCAAGCUCCACAAGAACCUCCUGGUGUCGCUGGUGCUGCGCAGCGCCCGGCAGGUCUACCUGAGCGAGCCGGGCUGCCCGCCCGAGCCGCCCCCCGCCGCCGGCGGGCCCCCCGAAGAGGAGCCGCAGCCCUGCACCCCCGCCUGGGCGCCCGGCGAGCCGCCGCCCCCGCAGGACGAGGCGGCUAGGAGCGGCCCGCGGCUGCCCGGCGAGGGCCCCCGGCCGCGGCGCUGUUGCUGCGGCUGCAGCUGCUGCUGCGCGGCGGCGGGCGGCGAGGCGAGCCGCGCGGACUGCGCCGCUGCCGCCGCCGCGGGGGCCGGGCCGCCCCCGCCGCCCCACUGCCCCCGGAAGCGGAGCGCCGGCGAGCGGGGCCAGGCGGGCUCCCCGGUGAAGAAGCCCCGCCGCGAGGCGGAGGAGCCGCCGCCGCCGCCCGCGCCGCCGGGCGAGCAGGAGGACAUGGAGACGGGCAACGUGGCCAGCCUCAUCAGCAUCUUCGGCUCCAGCUUCUCGGGACUGCUCAGCAAGGAGCCCCCGGGCCGGCGGCGGGCGCCCCUUGACGGCGGCGAGGCCGUGGCGACGACGACGCCCGCCGAGGCGGCGGCCGAGCCGGGACAGAUCUGCUGCGACGAGCCGGUGCUGCGGACCCUCAACCCCUGGAGCACGGCCAUCGUGGCCUUCUGA